AUGAGCGAGGAGGUCGGCAACGUUGAAGUAAACCGAACAAUCUUCUGUCUGGAUAAAUCAUCAAACUUACCUGUGCAGAUCGAACACAAUCCAAACUCCCAUUGUUCGAGUACCGUCAAACGACAUCCGGCCAAUGUUUUCUACACGACCACUUACCACGAUUAUGGACACUACGAACCUCCGGCCGACAGCGACCUAAGAAAACGUUUCUUCGGCAAGCCUCAGCGGUUCGGCCAAGAGCAGUUCAUCAGAGGAAUGUACAGGAAUCGCAGUUUGAAUAUGUGAUUGAAAAAAAAAAAUGAACCAAUUCGUUGUGUCUAACUA